ACUUUGUAGCGCGAGCUGUAUGCCUGUAUGAUUGACUCCGAUUAGUGUAAUAAUUGUUUCAAUCUGUAAAUUUCAAGUACAUAUUCAGUUAAAAUUAGGUAUUAAUAAACAUUGGGCAACAUUAUUUGAUUUGCGUGCCGAUUAAUACUUGAAUGUGGCGUGAUCUAGUGAUUGUCUGGAUUAAACACGUUAUGAUUCGACGAACGGUGGGACGGCGAAAGUAAAUUAUUCCAAAUUUCCAACUCAAUAAUAAUAAAUAUUAUUUUCUUCGUAUUGUAUUAGAAUUCUUAAUUGUUUUUCAAUUACAGAGUAGGUAACCUGCUUGUGUGCUCGGACUUAAGUUUGAUAAUUAUUGCUUUUGUACAGGUACGUUUUUUCGUUUGAAUAUGAAGUACCUACCUACCUUAUACCGAACAAUGCAAUAAAUUAUUGUUAUUAAUAACCACGAUUAUAAGUUCUUUAUAACCAGACCAAAAACAAUUGGCGAGGUGAUAUUUUAAUAAUUUUAUUGUUUGUGUCGUUACUCGUUAGUCGUUACGUAACUACGUAUUAAUUUCAUACUUUUCAGUUUCGGACGUUUUUUAUAAUUUUGUUCACCAUCGGUCGGCGUUCUCUUAUUUUGUGGCAGGGAGCUCUGCGAUUGGACAACAGCAGCUGUUGAUAAAAAAAAUAUGUGAUAAGUAACAAUACCUGACUUUUAUUCAGUAAUCAGUAUUUCUAUGAACAAUAAUUGAUCAACAAAUAAUCCUUCAGGCUGUAAUAAUUGUAUUCAAGACUAUUAAGUAUUUACAACAGACGAACUACGUUUUUAUUUUUUUUUAUCUACUACAGGAACUUUGUUUACCUGUACCAAUAAAUCACGUAAUGUACAAUAUUGUAUUAUUUCCUUUGAUAAGUACAUAAUAUAAUAUAGUAUUAGGACUUGAGGUGUUUUGAACAUUCAUGUCUUUGCAAAGUAACUGGUUGAUUUUAAUUUUUAUAGAAUGAUAAGUUUAUAAAUUGUACACUUGUGAAUAAAUUUAUUAAGUAAAUCGCUUAGUUAAAAUCUCAUAAAAAUGGAAAACGGAAAUAUCGGCCAACGUUCAACUGCCUACGGUCAAGAAACAUCUGAGCCGAAACACUGUUGGGUUUGUUUUGGUACUGAUGAAGAUGAUUAUGAAAGUAACAGAGAUUGGGUAUCACCAUGUAAAUGUCGCGGUUCUACACGAUGGGUUCACCAAGGUUGUGUUCAACGUUGGGUUGACGAAAAACUGAAAGAAAAUAUUAGUGUUAAAGCACAUUGCCCUCAAUGCCACACACAAUAUAUUAUUGUGUAUGAUGAAGUCAAUUACUUAGUUCGAUUAUUAAACAAACUUGAUAAGACAGCAAAUCAGCUAUGUCCUUUUUUGGCAGCUGGCGUUGUGGUCACCACUCUUUAUUGGUCAGCAGCAUCUUAUGGAGCAAUAACGAUGAUGCAGGUAAUGGGUGAAAGAGAAGCUAUAACAAUGAUGGAAAAUACAGAUUCAUAUAUGUUACUCUUGGUGUUGCCAUCAAUACCUCUCAGUCUAAUUUUAGGCAAAACAAUCAAUUGGGAAGAAACCUUAUUAUUAUUUGUGCAGAGAUUUGCUUCACAACUACCCUUGUUAAGAACCAUCAUGCCUUCGUUUUUGUGUGAACCUGUCAACAGUACCACGAGUACAGUCCAAUUCAAUUCAGUCGUUAAUCCAACAACUACUCUUUGUGCUGCACUUUUAUUGCCAACUACUGCGACUGUAGUUGGAAAUUUAUUAUUUGACAAUAGUUCAUAUUCAUACUUACAAAAAACCUUAUUGGGUGGGUUAGUGUACAUUGCAGUAAAAGGUGUAUUCAGAAUAUAUCAAAGACAACACAAUGUUAUAAAAGAAAGAACACGUAAAAUCAUUGACUAUCCUGAAACUGAUACUGAAGAAAAUAAUUAAAAAUCUGUAUCAUAAUCCAAUACUUGUUUACAUCACUUGAAACAUAUAAUAUCUUAAUAUUGUACAUAAAUAUGUAAGCAUGUUUAAACAAAAAGUUAAUUGUAUUUAGAAUAAAUUUGUAAAAAA